AUGGGAGGGGACGGUAGAGAGGGGGUCGUCCUUAGUGCUCGUGUGAAACUCAGCAAAAUUAUGGAAGCAGAUCGCCCUGGCAAGCUUUUCAUUGGUCAGCUCACUAGAGAAGCCAAUGAAAAGGUGCUAAAAGCAGUAUUUGGGAGACAUGGUCCCGUGUCAGAAGUGCUUUUGUUGAAAGAUCGAAGCAGGAAGUGAAGAGGGUUUGAAUUCAUUACUUUUGAGAACCCUGUAGAUACUAAGCCUGCUGCCAGAGAUUUGAAUGGAAAGUUUUUGGAUGGAAAAGCAAUAAAAGUAGCACAAGCAAAGAAACCAUUAUUUCAAAGUGCUGGCAGGGAGGGAACACUGUGUUUUUCAAGAAAGAGAAGACCCACAGGAAAACAGAGAUUUGCAAGAGGAAGGAGUGGACAGACAAGAGGUUGGCAUCCCUGA